CGAUUUUGGGAAGAGAACUGGCUCAUUCGUUUAGGUUUAAAGGGCAGGAAAAGAGUUCCCGUCUAGUCUGCAUCUUUCCGUCUUCAGAGCGUUGGUGGCGAACGGGUGUCGCCAUAGCAACCCUCUCGCAGCAGGAGGAGGAGGAGGCCGUUUCUCCUUCGCCAACUGCCUCCUCGCUUGGGGUCGUGGCAGGGAUCCCUGUCCUUCCGUCGCUCCACCCGCCCGUCUGUCUUGGGGCGUUUGAAAACGGGAUUCCUCGGGGUCGAGCAGCCCCCUCCCCCCGCCAUCGGCCGCUUCUCUCCUCAGCAGUGCGGAACCUUUGGCUUCGUCUUCGGUCGCGUCGCCUCAGCCGCGCUCCCAACGGUGAGGGCGGGCGGUGGUGGCGCCGCUUUUCGUGCCCCUCCUGGAGCAACGCCGUUGGGGGAAAGGGAACGGGCGAAAAGGGGGCGCCCCACGGGUGCGGUGGGGUGGAGUGGGGGCACCCAUGCAGGAGUGAGGCUGGAGAAAGAAAGAGGAAUGAAUUGAAGCUAUGAGUGUUGGCCAGGUUUCAUCCUUGUUCAGCCAAGGAACGACAAAAACAUACCAAAUUCCUAUUGAACAUCUGGACUACACAUUCAUUGAAACAUGUAAAGAUGUUAAAUAUUUGGAAAAAAUUCUCAGGAUAUUAAGAUCUGGUGAGGAGGGUUUUUAUCCUGAUCUUACAUUAUUUUGUGAAAAACACAUUGAAUCUUUGGCUCCAAAUAGCAGAGCUCUGCGAAAAGAUAAACCUGCAGCUACUGCUUCUGAUUUUACAGCUGAGGAAUGGGAAAAAAUAAACAAUGAAAUGAAGAAUUGGGUUACAGAAAUGAAAGAAGAAGAAUAUAAAAUUCAGUAUGCUACAACAGAAGUAUUCAAGGAGAAAAUGGAAAAUUUGCCACCAGUGCGUAGUUCAGACUCUUAUUCAACUGGUAAGAGUAAACCUUCAAAAUACAGACAAAUAAAGAAAAAUGUGCCAAGGGACUACAGAGAAUGGGAUGUAUUUGAUGUGGAACAAGAAUGCUCCAGAAUUGAUAAAAAUGAAGAAAAUCAAUUUUGUAAAACAAGCAUUACUACUAAGACAAAGUUGCCAGACAUGGAGAUAGAUACAACAGGUAUGACUACAAAAGAAAAGAACUUUAUUGCUAACAGAGAAAAAGAAAAAGGCAAUGAAGCAUUUGUAACAGGAGAUUACAAAGAAGCAGUUGCCUACUAUAAUCGGAGUAUAUCUGCAUUUCCCACUGUUGCUGCUUACAAUAACAAAGCUCAGGCAGAAAUAAAACUUCAGAAUUGGCAUGUUGCUCUUCAUGAUUGUGAGACUGUUUUAAAAAUGGACUCUCAAAAUGUAAAAGGUCUUAUGCGCCGUGCCACUGUUUACAACAAUCUACAAAAUUUCAAAGCUGCUGCAGAAGAUUUAAAGAAAGUGUUACAAAUUGAGCCAGAAAAUGUCACAGCAAAAAAGAAUCUCUCAGAUACUCAAAAGAAUCUGAAAGAAUCAGAACCAUCAUAUCCGUGUGAGAAGAAAGGGAAAAGAAUACUUAUUCAAGAUAUAGAAGAAUCUGAUGGUGAUGAAGAAGGAGGAAAUGAAGGAGAACAUGAAAAUGGCAGUGAAGAUAAAAAAACUGCUGUGCUAGUGGGAGGAGAGAAUACAAGUGAGAAGACUGACAUGGGGAAUGCGCAAAAGAAGUUCCCCAGCAAAGGGGAUGGCUGUAAAUCAGAACUCAAGGAAGCCCAGAAGCACAGAGACCCUUCGGAGAGUGGUAUUAAAAAGGGCAAACCUGAGAAAAAGGCACCUCAAGUUUUGCAAGAUUGUGAAAAUGAAGCAAACGGCUAUCUGAGCAGUAGCAAAAAUAGUAGUGAGAACAGGGAAGUAAAAUCAAAGGAUGCAGAACCUUUGUCAGCUGGAGCAAGCAGACCUACACUACUCCCUCCUAUUGCAGCAGUACUGAAAGCUGAAGGAAAUGAAUUAUUUAAGAGUGGCCAAUUUGGAGAGGCCAUACUCAAAUACUCAGAGGCAAUUAAAAAUGCCACUGGUUCGGAAAUUCAAUGUCCAGAAGAUCUAAGUAUUUUGUAUUCAAACAGAGCAGCAUGCUAUCUAAAAGAAGGGAACUGUGUUGACUGCAUACAGGACUGUAACAGUGCACUGGAACUUCAUCCUUAUUCUCUUAAACCUCUUCUGCGACGAGCAAUGGCCUAUGAGUCUAUGGAACGAUACCGACAAGCAUAUGUUGAUUAUAAAACAUUACUACAAAUAGACAGUGGGAUUCAGGCAGCAAAUGAUAGUGUUAACAGAAUAACAAGAACUUUGAUAGAUCAAGAUGGCCCAAACUGGAGGGAGAAGUUAUCCCCAAUACCUGUUGUUCCUGCGUCUGCUCAGUUACACUGGUGGGAUGGUAAAAACUUUACUUCAGAGACAAAGCAGAGGGAAUUUGCAGCAAGGCAUGGAGAUCAUCUACAGAUUUCUAGUGAAAACCCAGACGAAAUGUUCAAGAUUCUUAAGAACAAAGGGAAUGAAUUUGUGAAAAAAGGUAACUUUGAAGAAGCAUUAAAGAAAUAUAAUGAGUGCAUAAAGUUAAAUUCCCAGGAACUGACAGUCUAUACUAACAGGGCCCUUUGUUAUUUAAAGCUGUUUCAGUAUGAACAGGCCGAAAAGGAUUGUGAUUAUGUUCUUCAUAGAGAUGACUCAAAUAUAAAAGCUUUAUACAGAAGAGCUCUAGCACACAAAGGAUUAAAGAACUACAAAGCCAGUAUUGAUGAUCUGACUAAAGUUCUUCUAAUAAAUCCAAGUAUUGCUGAAGCAAGUAAGGAGCUGCAAGAAGUAACUAUGUUGCUUAAACUAAAAAAGGAAGUUACAGACAACAAGCAAGAAAAGCAAAGGAAAAAAAUUGAAAUACAAGAGGCAAAUGAACAUGAGGAAGAGGACACAGAGAUGAGUGCUUCAGAAAGUGCUACAGUAAAUCACCACAAUGCUAAAAGAAAGUUUGAAACAACAGUGCUAUUGAAGAGCCCAGAAAGGCUGGUAAUUUCUAAACCAUCAAAUGCCUAUGAAUUUGGUCAAAUUUUAAAUAUUUUGAACACCAAUAAGGACAUCACUGCUUGCGCAGAGUUAUUAAAAAUGAUUGAGCCAGAAGAUCUGCCGGCACUUCUGAGCAAUAAACUAGAAGGAGAUAUAUUUUUAAUAUUUAUCCAAGCCCUACAAUCAGAUGUAUUUUGCCAGGAUCUUGGCCUAGUCUACCAGCAUCUUGUCCAUCUGAGUAAAGCUGAAAGAUUUAAGAUGGUGCGGACUCUUCUAAGUAGGAAUGAAGUGGAACAGGUUCAACAGCUGUUUGAUUCUCUUGCAAAAGAGCAAAACCAAGAGUAUUCUUUAGAUGAUCUGGAGAGCCUUAAGAGAGACUUUGAACUUUAACGAAUUUCAUUUUAUAUUUCACCUGUUGCAUGGAAUCUCUUGAUGCUUGCAGGAAAGGCAUAUAAACUAUGCAGACUUGCAUGCGGGUAACAACAGUCUUUUAUCUGGACUGUUGGAUACUCUGCAUAUUUUCUACAUGCACACUAAAUGAGUAUGUUCUUCCAUCUUGUGUAUAUAUUUUAUCCACCACUGUAUACACACACUACUGUAUAUUAAUAGGCUUGUUCACUCAUUAUUUGUGUUGCACAUUUGUACCAAGGGAGAUGUUGGAAACAAUACUCAGACUUGCACAUUCCUUUUAGAGAGAACAGAAAUGAGAACAACCCUUCUUUUAAACAGUAGAUGAUGAGCUAGUGAGGUCACAGUUCAGAGAGGCAAUUUACAAGUAAACAAUCUUCUAGCAAUAGCUCCAGUAAAGCAGUAUGCUCCUCUGAUAAUUCGAAUAUGCCUCACUAGUUUGAGGUGUAUUGAUGGGAUUGUGUAUAGCUAUUCAUUUUACAUAUAUGUUGUAUUGCUUUUUCUUGUAAUAUAGGCAUUCUUCUAAAGACAUUUUUGAGAAAUGGCCUUUCACAUGCAGCACAGUUGAUGGACAACAUCUUCAGUGUAAGCCCUGUUAGUGAAACAUGCAUUUCUUUCAGUGAGGCUUGUGGCAAAAGGGAUUUUCAGUGUAGUUUGCAUAGUCUUCACUUUUUCCUGCUAAGUGAGAUGGCCACCAGUAUGCACAGCUCAUUUUAGGGUUAGGGUUCAAACCAAGGUUCUCUUCUAUUAGCCAUCCACCUCAUUGGUCAAACAGUUCGGCUCCCAUUGAACAUUGUUUUUAAGGAAUACUCUGGUUCAUUUCUCCUUAUCUUGUGCCAGUGAUACUAAAAAUGUGUAGUUACAUGCUUAAUAGUAUGGCUACAUUAGUAAUUUGCUGUCUGAUUGCAAUAAGGUAUACAGUACUUUCAUUUUCUUUAGUACCACUUCCUCUCGGGAUGUAAAGAUAUGUUUUGUACAACUGAUGUAUUACAGGUGGAUAGCAGAUGUGAAGCAGUAUUCAUGAUAUAAACAUGUGCAGUAGCAACAGGACUAUUAUAUUUGUAAAUCAGAGAUGAGCUAUUUAUUGUUAGUGUGUAUAUCAAAUUUUAUUAUGAAAGGCAUUGCUCAGGUACUUGCACCACUUUGAAGGUGGUAUUAUUUUGUCGUAACUUUCCUUGAUUAAAUACCAUUGAUUCAAAUGUUAUAUAUAGAUUAACAAAGAAUUUACCUAUUUGACAUGUUUUCCGUUGACGAAUCUUCAAAAGUUAUUUAAAAAUAAAUAUAUUUGUGAUCCUG